AUGCGACGGACCAAACGAUGGGCUCUUCUGCGGCAUCUUUUUAAAGCUUGUUGGGCUUUUCAAGGCUCUCUUGAGGCACUGUGCUGCGUCUGCCUGGAGCCCUCAGAGAAGAGAAGCGGGCUGCUGUGCCCCUCGGAGCACAAGAAUCCCCUCCUUUGCUUCGACUGCCUCGAGCCCUACGUCUCCAGCUUGAUUGGCACCUCGGAGCUUCGGCGCCAGGAAGGAGGGAUCAGCUGCCCUGCCUGUGUGGUGGGCGCCUCUGAUGCCCCACACGUAUUCCCGCGACGGCAGGUUCAGCAGCAGCUGAGUGGGCCAACCCUGCGUCGCUUCAUCGAAGCCACGGACCCACAGCCCUUGGAAGCUGUCGAGGAAGACGAGGACUUCGAGGCAGAGAUGCAGGUGCUCGUGGAAGAUCUUCGAAGGUCGGUUCGCAUCGUCGCCUGCUAUCGGGUGUCUGAGCACGAUGAGCCCCGUGAAGCUCAUCGCGUCAAAGAUAUUCUCCCCUUUACGUGGCUGCAGUGUGGAGAGGGCCAGAGCUUCUUUCAGUACGAUCCAGAGAAGAUGAGGUUGAGGCAGCACCUGAGCCCGAGACUCUUCGCCACGGAGGUCGCGCAGUGUCUGAACCUGGAAUGCCCAAAUCCAGACUGCCGGGCGCUGCUGGAUCCAGAUCCAGACGGAUGCGUCGCCAUGUCGUGCCGAGCUUGCGAGGAAGGAUUCUGCUGGGUCUGCUUCGAGCGCUGCGGCUUCGGUGGCGACGCGCAUCCCCACGUUUUGGACAUCCAUGGCGACUACUUCCCGAGCAAGCCCUUCACCGAGGCCUGGCAUCGGAAGCACCGCUGGAAGCGUGUUCAACGAAUUCUUGGAGACCUCUUGGAGGAGACCCGGGAGGAAGCACUUCUCACUAGCGCGCAGAUGCUUAAGGACGUCGGCCUCUGGCCGUUUCCAUCCAUCGUGCCUGAUCCGCCCAAGUGGGUGGAAGGGGCGGACAGGGGCCGCGGAUGGGCUGAGGAGGCCGUCAUCCAUGCCGCUGCGCGCUUCGGGCAAGUGGACUUGCUGAUGCAGGCCCUCGAGGCCGAAGAUGUGAACGCCCGGAACGACCGCGGCAUGACUGCCCUCUGCUUCGCAGCGCACGAGGGGCGCUUGGAGGCCAUCCGGCUGCUGAUGGAAAGGGCGGCCGACCCAAACAUCGCGGAUGACCAUGGCGUGACACCUCUGCACUAUGCUUGCCGAGAGCCUCCCUUCCUCAUCGAGGACGAUGUUGCAGGCCUCCUGCUAAGCUACGAGAACGUUGAUGCGAAUCAGCGGGAUCUGUCGGGUGCGACGGCCAUCAUGGUGGCAGCGGAAGUCGGCCGGGCCCAAGUCAUUCCCAGCUUGCUGCGGUGUGAGCGCGUCGAGCCCAAUCUGACCAACAUGUCUGGCUACACGGCUCUUUUCCUGGCCGUCCUCUUCGACCACGUGGAUGUGGUGCUGGCACUCCUCACCUCACACAGGGUCACUGUGGCUCGGCGCAGCCCCGAUGGAGAGACAGUGCUGCACCUUGCCGCACGUCGAGGGGGCCGCGAAAUGGCCGAGCUCCUCUUAGCGCAUCCAGAGGUCGAUGUCAAUGCGACUUCCGCGUCAGGCAGAACCUCCCUGAUGGAGGCUGCAAGCGUUGGGGCCCAGGAGGUUGUGGGCUGCAUCCUCGAGAAGGAAGGGGUUGUGUGUGACCUCGUGGAUGCCCAAGGCUUCUCGCCCCUACUGCUGGCGGCGCAGAAUGGCUCUGCCGGAACGUUUGAGAUGCUCCUACCAGUCUCGCUGGGUACGAUCAACGCUCGCAAUCAUGAGGGAAAGAACGUGCUCAUGAUUCUGGCUGAAAGAGGCCCGCACUCGGACAGCCCAGCACACUGCUGCCUCUGCACCUUGCUGCGCUUCGCCCGGGAUUCCGGGAUCGCGCUGGACGUCAAUGUGCAGUGCCACAAAGGCAGGACGGCCUUGAUGUGGGCCGUUGCCAGCGGCUCCCUCGCCAGCGCGGAAUCCCUGAUGGCCCUGCAGCCCGAGCUGGAUCGCCAGGACGAGCGUGGGGAGACGGCCUGGAGCUUGGCCUCGAUCUGGGGCCACAAGCCGGAGCUCUUCCAGAGCCUGCGUCGGCUGUUUCCUGAGUCUGAGCCUCCCAGCGGCCUCCUGCUCUUCGAUGGUGUCCUCCUACGAUCCGUGGAGCGCGUGAACCGCACGCUGCUGGCGGCCGGAGGUGGCGGGCAUCUCUGCAUUCCAAACCACGCAAAGCUGACGGUGGAGUUUGCGGCGGCCCCCUUGUGGUCGUGGAAGCAGGCGGGCUACGCGCUGCACGAUGGAAACACCUUCUUUGCGGAGCAUGAAGCCUGUGAGCGAGAGCUCAUCAUCCAGCGGGUGAACGGUGUGCCGUGGUCUCCAUGUACCGAUGUGGGCUAUCUGCAGUCCAGCGACUUCAUCAAGCUCAAGGAUCGGAGGCAGGUGCUGCGCUUCAGCGACUGGCUGGCGGAAGGUUGGGCGGUGAAGGCCCAAAAAGGCGACCUGCGAUUCUGCCACUGGGGGGCAAGGAAGAUCCAGGCGGCUCAGGUGGUCUGCGAGGAAGAGCUUCCGGGGGCCGCCUUCCUUGGAGACUUUCUGUCGGCCUUUGCCUAG